AUGCCUCCUCGUUCAACGAAGACAUCCGAGAAACUUGUGCUUUUACCUGAAACACUUGAAGAGGAAGACGAGAAGGGCGAGUUUGGACCUGGUGCUGACGACAAAGGACCACCAAAAGGUGAUGAGCAGUAUCGGCAGCCUGGUCGAGAGAAGACGAAAAGCUAUGCUGAACGUCUUCCAAAGCACAGGCGUACCGAAAAAGAGCUUCCCAGAGUCACAGCGUUCUGCACAGCUCAAGCUUACAAGCUACAGUCGACAGCUACCUUUAUCAGGCAACGCCACGGCGCACGAGCCAAACUCUACGACGACUGUCUGUACUCUGCCUACCAUCUUCCUCUUAUGCCGGGGACAGAUGGCUAUCGAGUAUUGAGCAGUCCCCCAGCUGUCAGCGCAAAAGGUGGCAUGGUGCUGGAUGAAGCAAUUGAACGUAGCGAACAAAGGAACUACCGUGGUGACUUCGAUGCUGAGGAGCAGGAGCAUUCAGUCAGGGGCGAUCCCAUACCAGAGGAACACGAAGAUUCGAGCCAGUACGAAACCACGGAGCACGACGAUCGUCCACACGUGAACGGAGUGAGGAGGGACAGCACUGGAAACUUCUCUACACGAUCGACCAGUCCGACUGGCAACACAGUACCGACAGACGCAUAUAGGUUUGCCGAGAUGUUUGUCUUUUCAUACGGAGUCGUCGUUUUUUGGAACUUCACAGAACGUCAAGAAAAAGAUGUCUUAGCGGAUCUAACUUUUGCGACUCUGGUCGACGAAAAGAACCACAUUCUUUCACCACUCUCCCUAACCACGAACCCGCUCGAUGAAGAGGAUUUUGAAACUGAAGAAUUUCACUUCGAGUACAACAAUGAGCUAUCAAGACCUAGGAUAUACAACGAUAUGAUUACUCUUCGCAGUGGUGAUCACAUGAUCAAGCUAGCUAUCAGCCAUGCAAUCGCACAGAGCACUAAGCUGUCUUUCUUCGAGGAAACCAUGGCUGAACAGAUGGAGGAAGCGAAAGAUGUUCCAUCUCGACUUGCCAAGACCGGUGAGCUGGGCAUGAAACGCGAGGAAGUUAUCAAGCUACUUGGAGGGUUGUUCAAGAGUCGCGUGGACGUUAAUUUAUCAUCGAACGUCCUUGAUACCCCGAACCUUAUCUGGGAAGACGAGCCAACGUUGCAUCCACUGUAUAGUGCGCUAACGGAAUAUCUGGAGAUCAAACCGCGGAUUCAAGUAUUGAACGAACGAUGCCGGGUCUUCCUGGAUCUAGCCGAAGUUCUAUCCGACUACGUCUCUGACAACAAAAUGUCCCGCAUUACUUGGAUCAUAAUUGUUUUGAUUGGCAUAUCGAUUCUGGUCACCUGUUCCGAGGUAAUCCUAAGAUUCGGUAUCUUAACCUCUAAAGGUGGCCAUCAUGGGGGCAGGAACCCCAUGGUCUCCUGCCCAUUGCCACUAUCACACGAGCUUGUUUGA